AUGCCCACCUCAAACCCAUGGACGGUAUCACCACCAGGAGAUAGACAAAGCCGAUCUCUCUUUGGAUCUUUACGCAAAAUAGGCCGCAAGAGCAGCAAGUCUUCACAGCGAUCAGAUACCUCGUCGACAAACGGAGCAGAUCUACAAACACCAACAACACCAACCUUCCGGGGUCCUUCAGAUCUCCCUGCAACGCUACAGCCAGGCGGUAUGGGUAGAAGAAGCCCAAGUCCGCUUUCAAACCCUUCCCCCGCAACACGUCGCCCAGACCGUGCAGGCAUGAACGCCUUCACAGUCCCAUCCAAUGAGCCCCCGCCAGCAUACACGCCAUCACCAACCUCAGAAUCCGGGCCAAUCCUCCAAUCCCAAAUCUCAGAGCUCGCCGGCUCCUCAGCAUCAGCAUCAGCAUCGACCAGCGCUGCAGUCCCCGCACCAACAACCACAGGAGGCGAAGACCCAUACUCGUUCCUCGCCACCUUUGACACAACCCUCCUAAUCGACGACUCUGGCUCCAUGGCCGGCCGUUCCUGGCGCGAGGUAGCCCAAGCGCUCUCGACCAUCGCGCCCAUCGUCACCCAGCACGACGCCGACGGCAUCGACGUGUAUUUCUUGAACCACAAGUCCAGCGACGCCGGCUCGCUAUCCGAGGGCAUCGCACCGGGCGGCUACCGCGGCAUCAAGCGCGCUAGGACCAUCAGCGAGAUCUUCGAGCGCGUGCGUCCAUCCGGCGGAACGCCGACCGGAACACGUGUACACAAUAUCCUGAAACCGUAUCUGGCGCGGCUAGAAAAGGAUAUCGCUAUAGACAAAGAAACAAAGCCGCUUAACCUGAUUGUGCUUACGGACGGUGUGCCCUCAGAUGAUGUAGAGUCUGUGAUCCUGUCCGCGGCGAAGAAGCUAGAUAGGUUGGAUGCGACGCCGUAUCAGAUCGGGGUGCAGUUCUUCCAGGUUGGCAAUGAGGAGGGCGCACGCGAGGCGCUGGAGGAACUGGAUGAUCAUCUAGGUGAUGAGGUUGAUGGCGGGGUGAGAGAUAUUGUCGAUACUGUUACCUGGACGGGUGGACGCAGCUCUAGUGAGGGAGGCGUUGGCUUGACUGGUGAUGGGAUUCUGAAAUGCGUGCUUGGAUCAGUGGUCAAGAGGCUUGAUCGCAAGAGAGCUAGUGGAGAGAUCAGAAGGACGCGAAGAUGA